AUGGCAGACUCGAAGGUGAAGGACAUGGGCCUGGCCGAGUUCGGCCGUAAGGAGCUCACUCUGGCAGAGCAUGAGAUGCCUGGCCUCAUGGCGGCACGCAAGGAGUUCGGCCCCACGCAGCCUUUCAAGGGCAUGAACAUCAACGGCUCCCUGCACAUGACCAUCCAGACCGGCGUUCUGAUCGAGACGCUGGCUGCCCUGGGUGCCAAGGUGCGUUGGUGCUCGUGCAACAUCUUCAGCACGCAGGACCACGCAGCGGCUGCCAUUGCCAAGGCAGGCACUUCCACGGUCUUCGCGUGGAAGGGCGAGACGCUGCCCGAGUACUGGUGGUGCACGGAGCAGAUGAUGACCGUGCCGGGAGCUGAUGGCUGCGACCAGCUGGUGGAUGACGGCGGCGAUGCCACUCUGCUGAUCCACAAGGGCAAGGAGUUCGAGGAGAAGUUCGCCAAGGACGGCAGCCUGCCAGAUCCUUCCAGCACGACCAACGCCGAGUUCAAGUGCAUCUUGCAGUUGCUCAAAGACUCGAUCCAGGUGGACAAGACCAAGUACACCCGCAUGGCGGCCAAGUGCAAGGGUGUCAGCGAGGAGACGUUGCGGGUCUUGGGUGCUGAUUUCGGAGCGAUUUGUGAAAGUGCAAAGGUUCUGCAUGAGGAGACCACCACCGGUGUCCACCGCCUGCGCGAAAUGGCGGCCAAGGGCGAGCUGCUCUUCCCGGCCAUCAACGUCAACGACUGCGUUACCAAGAGCAAGUUCGACAACGUGUACGGCUGCCGUCACUCCCUGCCGGACAGCAUCAUGCGCGCCACGGACGUGAUGAUCGGCGGCAAGCGUGCCCUCGUGGCCGGCUACGGCGAUGUGGGCAAGGGCUGCGCCUUCGCCAUGCGCGGAGCCGGCGCACGGGUGCUGAUCACCGAGAUCGACCCCAUCUGCGCGCUGCAGGCGUGCAUGGAGGGCUUCCAGGUCGUGACCCUUGAGGAGUGCGUGGGUGAGGUGGACAUCUUCACCUCCGCCACUGGCAACUUCAAGAUCAUCACCCUGGAGCCUGCACCACCUCCAGCACCUCGCCAGGAGCAUAUGAAGAAGAUGAAGAACAACGCCAUCGUGUGCAACAUCGGCCACUUCGACAACGAGAUCGCCAUGGAGGAUCUGGAGAAGUGCCCUGGCAUCAAGGUGGAGAACAUCAAGCCGCAGGUGGAUCGCUUCGUCUUCCCGGAUGGCCACGGCGUGAUCGUGCUGGCCUCCGGCCGCCUUGUGAACCUUGGCUGUGCCACCGGCCACCCUUCCUUCGUGAUGUCUUGCUCUUUCACCAACCAGGUGCUGGCCCAGUUGGACAUCCUGGAGAACUGCACCAAGGCUAAGAACUACGAGAACGAUGUGUACCUGCUGCCCAAGAAGCUGGAUGAGAAGGUGGCCGCACUCCACCUGCCAUCGCUGGGUGCCAGCAUGACGAAGCUGAGCAAGGAGCAGGCCGACUACAUCGGCGUGCCUGUUGAGGGGCCUUUCAAGCCGGACACGUACCGCUACUAA